AGUCCUUAACAAUUCUACGCCGGCGCAUCACCUGUUAGCUCAAUCCGACUCUACUAUUUUUUAUUUAUUUUUUUUAACAUUAGAUUCUAAUCUCAACUUCUUCUUUUUUUUCUACUUGCGCCAACUUCCCUCUUUGCACAAUGGCAGAUGCUACACCUUCAGCACCCACGUCGACGCCCGACAAGAAAUCUAAGUCUCAUAAGAAGCAUAAGCGACACCGUGAAGCCGAUAACACCGAAGGUACCGAGCGAAAGCACAAGAAAUCAAAAAGUAGCGCCAAUACUCCGGUUACCGAAGAAGAAGUCCAAGUCCAAAUAGUGGCCAACUUGCCAGAUGCGCAUAUACCGGAGACAAAAGCAAAUGGCAACGACAGCAAAGCAGAGAAGAAGAAGAGGAGACCAAGACAUAAGGAUAGGGACCAAACUAUACAAAUUGCAGAAGAGCACCAAAUAGCGCAGAAUGGCGCAGCAGACGAGAGCAGUCCUAAAAAGGAGAAGAAGUCAAAGGAACAUAAGAAGAAGCAUGAUAAGCCUGCAGCGCAUAACCAAGAGAGAGAAAAUGCCGAAGUGGAUGCUAUGGAUAUCGAUUCCAUGCCUGUUGAUACUGAUACUUCCAAUUCCGACGAAUUUGGUCAAAAGCCCGCGCCCAGCGAAUAUCCCUUCUUUACCCAGACUGUUUCGCAGUACCUGCCCCUAUUUCCGUCGGGUUUAAUUGAGCCGAUAGAAGGCUUUGCGGACCAGCAUCUCAGACCUCUGCUCAAUCGCUACGUUCCUAGCUUUCGCGGCGUUCUGCUGGCUUAUCGGAACCCCCGCAUUGGAGAGGCGCCAGGCAGGGGGUCGCUGACUGAAAAAAGUAAGGCCAAGGAGACUGUUCUACUUGAGUCCGUCAACGAGUACGCCGUAGCUUUUGGAUGGUUGACGGUCGAUGUGGACCUAUUCCGUCCGUCUCGAGGUGCGUCGAUGGAAGGUAUAGUGAACCUGCAGGGCGAGGGACAUAUCGGAGUUGUCUGCUGGAACAUGUUCAACGCUUCUAUUGAAGCAUCGCGAUUACCCCACGGCUGGCGCUGGGUUGACUUGCUAUCUAAUGAUAAAGAUAAGGGGAAGGACAGAGGCAAGGGCAAGAGAACGGACAGGGAGAAGACGGCUGAGGAAGCCAAGCUUCCGACCCCAGAACCCGUUGAAGACCAAGAAGACGACACCACCCAGAUGCACACUACGGGUUACUGGGUAAAUGAGACCGGACAGAGAAUACGAGGAGGAGCUAAACUCUACUUCCGGAUCAAGCAUUACGAGGUUGGAGUCAGUGGCGAUUACGGAUACCUAAGUAUCGAAGGUACUAUGUUGGCCGACGAAGAAGAGAAGGCUAAGACAGCCGAAGAGAUGGAGGUUCUAAGACGACGCAGGUUAAAGCAUGGUGGCGUAUUGCGGAAAGAGCAGAAACGCAUGCCUGAAUUCAGCAUGACUAAAUUCGGCGUGAAUGAAACGGAAGACAACGAGACUCAGCGUGCUCCUGUUCAGUGGGUAGCGAGUCAUCCAGGAAGUGAUACAGAAUAGGUGAACUAUAAAACCAUACAUGUAUUAUCUUUCUCAGACGUUUUGGGAGUAGGCGAAUAUUGGCGUAACUAGGGGCUGGCUGAUUGAAAGAUGAUUAAAAGUGCGGCAAAUAUCGAUAUGAGUUAGAACUUGACAAGAACCGCGUGGACACGGUCAAGAUUAAACUGUGGCCAACGUUGAAGUCUAAAUCUUGAAAGGUUUUCUUUUCGACCGAUACCAAGUUUUCAGCGUGUGGUAUUUUUGCUCAUCUAUCAAACUAUCCUAUUUUUAGGUAGUCAACAUACAUCAUUCAGUAUACCAGUUACAGCCGCUCAUUUUUCAAAACCAAU